GACUGGAGCACCAUGGCUUCCUACACACUGCUGCUGCUCCUGGCCUCAUGUUGUGGGGCUCUGGCCUCUCACUUCUAUGGUGGGGUCAUGACCUUCACUCCAAAAGGAAAGAACCCCGAUGGAUCAUUCAGGGUGGACUUCCGCUUAAAGCACACUUUCCAUGCCUGCUAUACAUUUAACUUCUGGUACUGUGGCAGUGGAAACUGCGGGAGUGUAGAUACAUUUGCAAUCGGUGAAGUGGAUCGCAAUUCCAAUGGAGCUAAUACUCAAGGAAGCACCUGGUGUCAGUCGGAAGCGUUAAUGUCGAGAAAUAUUUCAAGCAACAAGCCUUUUGAAAUUUGGGAAACGGGAUGUUGUUGGAUACCUUCAGAUAGCUUUGGUUCAUGGAGGCUUUUGACACAUGUGGACCUUGGGAUGAGGUCCGACACACAGGAACCCAACAGAUCUCCAGUGACAACAAUUAUACCUUUCAUCCGGGUACCACGGAAUUGUCCAAGAACAUUUAAUCUGCUGGCUCAUGACCCUGAUAAUGACCAAGUCAGAUGCAGAUAUGGAAUGGCUCAUUUCAAUGAGUGCCGUACAUGUAAACAGCAUUCUGGCUUCAACUUGGAUCAAAAUACCUGCACCUUGUUUUACUGGGACGCCUUCAUAACGAAGGUUCAUGCCUUUGAAAUUGUCCUGGAGGAUUACCCCAGACAAGAAAUCACUCUGUCUUACACCGAUGGCACAUCAUCCAUCAAGUCCCCACUAGUUUAUAGAGACAAGCGAGCAUCUAACUACCCCUACUACCCCUACUACCCUACAACUACAACACCCCCUCCAACUACAACAGCCACAACAACUAGAGCAGCUCACUACCACUAUUACCCUAUGAUUACAUCACAUCCUACAACUACACGACCCACUACGACUACACGAUUCACUACAACUGCACCACACACUACAACUACACAACGCACUACAGCAGCUCACUACCACUACUACCCCUACUACGCUACAACUACAACACCCCCUCCAACUACAACAGCCACAACAACUAGAGCAGCUCACUACCACUAUUAUCCUAUGAUUACAUCACAUCCUACAACUACACGACCCACUACGACUACACGAUUCACUACAGCAGCUCACUACCACUACUACCCCUACUACGCUACAACUACAACACCCCCUCCAACUACAACAGCCACAACAACUAGAGCAGCUCACUACCACUAUUAUCCUAUGAUUACAUCACAUCCUACAACUACACGACCCACUACGACUACACGAUUCACUACAACUGCACCACACACUACAACUACACAACGCACUACAGCAGCUCACUACCACUACUACCCUAUGAGUACAUCACAUCCUACAACUACACGACCAACUAUAACUGCACGACACACUACAACUACACGACCCACUACAGCAGCUCACUACCACUACUACCCUAUGACUACAUCACAUCCUACAACUACACGACCCACUAUAACUGCACGACACACUACAACUACACAACGCACUACAGCAGCUCACUACCACUACUACCCUAUGAGUACAUCACAUCCUACAACUACACGACACACUACAACUACACAACGCACUACAGCAGCUCACUACCACUACUACCCUAUGAGUACAUCACAUCCUACAACUACACGACCCACUACAACUACACGACCCACUAUAACUGCACAACCAACUACCACUAUGAAUCCUAUGCCUAUGAACAUUCCACUGAGCAAAAUCCCUCUGCAGUUUGUGAUCCAAGUUGACCCACCUGUUUCUUCCUGUGCUGAGGGACACAUUCUGCCUCGGUUUCUGUCCCCAACUCCAAAACAUGGAGAAAUCCUCAUUGCCUAUGUCAAUCAGGAGUUGGAAAUUAAGCUCAAUGCUACAGCAACACAAUCAUGGGUAAAAAACUUUAUCAUCAGUGGACCUCUGAACAUCACAAAGUACACCACUAUCAGAGGAGCAGUUGGAGAAUCUCUAAUCAGGUGGACACCAACUGAAAAUGACUUUGGUGAUCAAGUUCCCAUUUGCUUCAUUGCAGAGAGUCAAUCUGGGUCCAGAAUCUUUCAUUCUGAAAUGAGAUGCAUCAUUGUCAACGUUAGCAGUACAAUUGGCAAAGUCAAUGUGGUUUGUAACGAGACCACAAUGACAGUAGAAGUGGAGAAGGCCUCAAUAAUUGGACUUCAUGAAGAUCACCUACGUCUCAUUGAUCCAUCCUGCACCCCCAUCUCCAACGGCACCCAUGUGAUCGCUGCCGUGUCCCUCAGCUCCUGUGGAACCCAACUGGAGGAGGACGCUGAAAACCUGAUCUUCAAAAAUGAAAUCAUGUCGUUCGACAACAUUGGUGAUGUCAUUACCAGGAAACACCAGGUGGAGAUUGAGUUCUCAUGCACAUACCCCAAGAAGGGACGCGUGUCUCUGGAGUUCCGGGCACACAAGCUUAUUUCCGUGUUCACGGAAAAAGGGUUUGGAAAGUUCAGCUACCAGUUUGAGUUCUUCCACAGUGACCAGUUCAACAUUGCGAUGGACACAGAUUCCUACCCUAUAGAGGUGGCACUGCAAGAGAUGCUCUACAUGAAAAUCAAAGCUACUUCCUCUAUUGCCAACACUGAGCUUUUCGUGGAGUCAUGCAGAGCAACCCCCGUUGAUGACCCCAACUAUCACAUUUUCUAUGACAUAAUUGCAAAUGGCUGCACUUUGGACGAGACGGUGGUGGUCUAUCCAAGUAACCCUUCAGAAUUCAAAUUUGGAAUUGAGGCUUUCCAGUUCAUUGGACAACAUGAGGAGGUCUUCAUAAGCUGCUCAGUCAUCCUGUGUGUGGCAGGUGAGCCUUACACCAGAUGUUCUCAGGGCUGCACCAAUGCCACAGCCACCCCCGUUGUACAUCACCACCACAGGAGGGCUGUUGCCACAGAGACUGUGAGACACUCCAUUUCCCAGGGCCCUUUGCGUCUAAAGAAGACCACAGAUAUCACAGCUUCCAACAUGGGCUUGAACAUGAACCUGGUUUUCAUCGCUGCCGUUCUUUUGGUUGUGGUUGUCAUUGUGUGUGGAGCAGUGAUUUAUACAGUAAAGAGGCCAAAAGUCAAAUACCAACCACUUCCAUCUACUGACUUCUGAGACACAGUUUGUGCGCUCAUGAAACAUGAUGAACACAUUCUAAUCAAUCACAUUUAUGCAAUAUUUGCCUUUUAUGAACAAUGGAGGAAUGGUAUUUUUAUGCUCAAAAUUCUGUAUCAUGUCUUCUUUUUGUGUGCUAAAUUUGAGAAAAUAUGUAUUAUUGUUUGCAAAUUAAUACAUAUACAAAUAUUAUGAGCUUGAAUUUGUUCAUCACGCCCUACAUUAACAUU